AUGGCAAUGCCGAACAAUACAGCACCAUGUUUUACAUGUAACCAAAAUAAAAUACCAUAUCUUUGUGUAGGAUGUUCGAGAAAAUUUUGUAUAUUGGACUUAGCAAAGCAUCGUCUAAUAUUAAAUGAAGAACUGAAUCACAUCGCCAAAGAUUAUAAUGAAUUUAAACAAAAAUUUAAUGAAGAAAAAUUGAAUUCAAAUGAUCUUGCUUUAAUAGAUCAAAUUAAUCAAUGGGAAGUAGAUUCAUAUGAAAAAGUUAAACAAAAGGCAAAAAAUUGUAGAGAAAUUGUGAGUGAAUCUUCCAGACUUAAGCAUGAUAUUGAAAAGAAAUUGAAUGAUUCAAGUGAACACAUAGAACAAAUUCAAAAAGAAAAUGAAUUUAAUGAAACUAAUUUGAAUUACUUAACAAAUGAAUUAAUAAAAAUGAAAGAAGAAGUAAAUUAUCUACCAAAGGUUUCUAUUGAACAAGAUUAUCACCCAUUUAUUAAUGAAAUUUCAGUUCUUUCAUUACAAAUAUCAAAAUUAAAAAAAUGGAAACAAAAUGCCAUCACUGUGGCUGGUGGAAAUAGAAAAGGGCAGGAAUCAAAUCAAUUCAAUCGUCCUACAGGAAUUUGUAUUGAUGAAAAUAAAAACAUUUUUAUUGUUGAUUCUGGAAAUCAUCGUGUUGUAGAAUGGAAAUGUAAUGAAAAUGAAGGACAAAGCAUUGCGGGUGGAAAUGGGGAAGGAAAUCGAAUGGAUCAGUUAAGGUAUCCAAUAGAUGUAAUUGUUGACCAAAAAAAUAACUCGAUCAUCAUUGCUGAUUUUCAUAACAGACGAGUGAUUCAAUGGGUGAAUCAAAAUCAACAAAUUCUCAUUGACAAUAUUAACUGUCGUGGCUUGGGAAUGGAUAAACAUGGAUUUCUUUAUGUUUCUGAUUAUAAGAAGAAUGAGGUACGGCGAUGGAAAACUGGAGAAUACAACAAUGAAGGGAUUAUAGUGGUAGGUGGAAAUGGGCGAGGAAAUCAGCUCAACCAACUUAAUAAUCCUAGUUUUAUCUUUGUUGAUGAAGAUCAAUCUGUUUAUGUAUCAGAUUGCAACAAUCAUCGUGUGGUGAAAUGGAGACAAGGUGCAAAAGAAGGUAAAAUUGUAGCUGGAGGAAGUGUGAAUCAAUUGUCUUUACCUGAAGGAAUAGUUGUUGAUGAUUUGGGUCAAAUCUAUGUGGUAGAUGGUUUGAAUCAUCGAAUAAUGCGUUGGUGUGAAGGAAAAGAAGAAGGCGAAAUUGUUGUUGGUGGAAAUGAAAAAGGAAGUCGAUCAAAUCAACUGCAUGGUCCCAGUAAUUUAUCUUUUGAUGUUGAAGGAAAUCUUUAUGUUGCUGAUACUUUUAAUCAUCGAAUUCAAAAGUUUGAAAUAGUUUUGUGA